GACUAGCAGAUUGGCUGCGACGACCGGUCGUCCCGAGGCUAGCGAGGCGCUGUUUAUCUGCGGCACGACGUACUUGAACGUUGAGCCGGGCGGGGUUGCGUAACCGGCGGUGGGCCGGCGCGUCGAGCCGUCAGUCGCAGCGCAGCCGGCCCGCGGAGCAGACGCGCCGACAUGGAGACCGCGCGCAAGAUCGUGCUGGCGCGACACUUCCGCGGGGAGCCGCGGGAGGACGACUUCCGCGUGGAGGAGGAGGAGCUGCCCGCGGUGCGCGAGGGAGAGGUGCUCUGCCAGGCCGCCUACCUCAGCGUCGACCCCUACCAGCGGGCGCGCGCCGCCAGCCUGCAGCCCGGGGACACCAUCAUGGGCUACCAGGUGGCGCUGAUCGUGCAGAGCCGGUGCGCCGAGUUCCCGGUGGGGCGCUACCUGGUGGGCGACCUGGGCUGGCGCUCGGCCACGGUGCUGGACCCCCGGCGGCCGCCCCCGCGGCCCGGCGCCACGCCCACGCGCCUGCUGCCCGCCGACUGGGCGGCGCCCUACUCGCUGGCGCUGGGCGCGCUCGGCCGCCCCGGCGUCUCCGCCUACUUCGGCUUGCUCGAGCUGGGCCGCCCCAAGCACGGCGACGUCGUCGUCGUCAGCGGCGCCGCCGGAGCCGUCGGCUCGCUCGUCGGCCAGAUCGCUCGCAUCCACGGCUGCAAGGUUAUAGGCUUCGCCGGCAGCGACGAGAAGGUGCGCUGGCUGAAGGAGGAGCUGCAGUUCGACGAGGCGUUCAACUACCGCACGACGGACGCCCGGCGCGCACUGAAGGAAGUGGCGCCGGCGGGAGUGGACGUGUACUUCGACAACGUGGGCGGCGAGCUGAGCAGCGCCGUGCUGCCGUGCAUGCGGCACGGCGGGCGCGUGCCCAUCUGCGGCGCCGUGUGCGCCUACAACAGCGAGGAGCCGGUGCGGGCGACGACGGUGCAGCCGGCGGUGGUGGGCCGAGAGCUGGUGCUGCAGGGCUUCCUGGUGUCGCGCUGGCUGCCGCGCUGGGACGAGGCGGUGGAGCGCAUGCGCCGCUGGGUAUUGGACGGCCGGCUCGUCUGCCGAGAGACCGUCAGCCACGGCUUCGACAGCCUGCCGCGAGCCUUCAUCGGCAUGCUGCGCGGCGACAACCUGGGCAAGGCCGUCGUCAAGGUCUGACGGCUGGCGGCUGGCGGCUCACCCAGUACUGCUGUCCCUCAUUCAGCUGCCUCCCUGUACCAAGGCAAAAAUAAAAAGAAGUGUGUGUCAA